CAGAAAUAUUUCCUUCUAAAAGCUCUCUCUCUUAUCUUCGGAAUGCACGGGGUUGCAGAAAGCGUGUUUAUCGAAAAAAUAUUGUGUAGAAAGUAUUUUUAUUUAAACAUAAUGAAAUUAAAAAAAUAUAUUUUACUAAAUAAUUCUAACCUUUCGGCUAAAAAAUAUAUAAAUGAAUAUAAAUAUUGAAAGAAUUUUCUUUCUGUAAGAAAACUUUAUUACCAUCUUAUAAAAAAAAGUCUUUACAUAUUAGAUUUAUCGGCUCAGGUUUUACGAAAAUAUUUAAGUUUAAUGGCCAUAAUCUAAACGAAUAACUAUGGCCUGUUGUUUGACUCUAUCGGAUAACUCUAUUUGUAGAAUUAAACCACUAAUACUUUUAUUAUUAAAUUUAAACAUAUGCAUUGAACAAAUUAGUGCAACUUCAUAUCUUAUUCCAAGUGAAUUGUCCAACAUAGAUCGACCCUUUUUUGACGAUAUAAGCCCAAGAAAUGUUUCAGUUGUGGUCGACGAAAUUGCGAUACUAAGAUGCCGUGUUAAAAACAAAGGGAAUCGAACUGUUUCGUGGAUGCGAAAGAGGGACUUACACAUUCUAACAACAAAUAUUUAUACCUAUACCGGUGAUCAACGGUUUUCAGUAAUCCAUCCUCCAAGUAGUGAGGACUGGGAUUUAAAAGUUCAAUAUGCGCAAGCACGAGACAGCGGUGUCUAUGAAUGUCAAGUUAAUACAGAACCAAAAAUAAACUUGGCAAUUAAUCUUCAAAUAACAGCUAAUAAUGAUUUAGAAAUCAUCAAUUCUAAUAGACGACACUAUGAUUCAAAAGCAGCUCGAGCAAAGAUACUCGGAUCGGCAGAAAUCCAUGUUAAGCGUGAGAGUACAAUUGCUUUAACCUGUUCAGUAAAUACUCAUGCUUCAUCUGUUAUGUGGUAUCAUGGAUCAUCCAUAGUGGAUUUUGAUUCUUUACGCGGUGGCAUUAGUUUGGAAACCGAAAAAACGGAUAUGGGAACUACUAGCCGAUUAAUGCUAACACGAGCUUCAUUCAGGGACUCAGGAAACUACACUUGUGUUCCCAAUGGAGCUAUUCCAGCAUCUGUCAGAGUUCAUGUUUUAACGGGUGAACAACCCGCAGCCAUGCAAACUAGUGGUGCGAGAAGGUCACGUGGCGACACUGCAACGAUUAUAUUCAUAUCAAUAAAAAUUUUAUAUAUUUCACGUCUUUACAUAGAUGUAAAUCCAAAAGGGAGAUGACUAAUUGUUCCAUAAAAACAAAAUUACGUUAAGAUUACCAAAUAUUUCACUGGGAAAAAUUCUAAAAGAACGUAUUUAUACCAGUAUUCAAUAUAUAAGUAUAAUAGAAUAUGUAAUUCCUAUAGAAAUAAAAUAAAAUAUUGUAUUAAUUUAUGG